CGACUGACGAUUCUGCUAUUCACAGCGCCGGGUCUUUGACACUGUUUCAGCUGCAACUCUACUCUCGCAUCUGUUGUUGAAAUCUUUUCGGUUGAGAUUGAGCGGCUUUACUUACCAAUAAUGUCGCGCACGAGGCUAUUAAGCCGAUGCCGGCUGAUCCCUGGGUCGCGACUUGGCUUUAUCGCCCAGCCAGCACCGGCUUUCAGCAACUUCAGAGCGAGCGCAACUCGAACAAGCACAGGCAAGCGAGGAUUUCACGUUGCAGCAUCCUUGCGCGAAAAGGCCAAAUCUCCUUCGCAGUCCUUCAAACAGGGUGCUGUGAAUGGCGAUGCGCACAAGGCGUUGUCAGACAUUGCCUUUGCCUUUGACAUCGAUGGAGUUUUAUACCAGGGCUCAAGGCCAAUUCCAGGGGCCCGAGAGAUGCUGAGGAAGAUUAGAGCGCAUGACGCCCGAUACGUCUUCUUAACCAAUGGUGGCGGCAGCCAUGAAGAUGCGAAGUUCAGAUCAUUGUCCAAGCGGCUUGAGUUGUCGGAGGACGAGGAUGUCAUCCGCAACAGGAUCAUCCUGUCGCACACGCCAAUGCGAGGGUGGGAUGAGCAGAUAAAGAAGCAGGGGACAGUGCUGAUUACGGGAUCUCACCCAGAGACUGCUCGCAGGGUAGCCAAUGAAUACGGGUUUGCUAGGGCUGUGACGCCUGCAGACAUCAUCGAAGCCAACGACAAGGUAUAUCCCUUUGACAACUUGAGAGAGAGCCUUCACAAAGAAUCAAGACCUCUUCCCGACGGCAAGGUUGUAUCAAACACAAUCGAUCCCUACAGCAAGGACGUACCGGCAAAUGCGCUCAAGAUUGACCAGAUCCUUGUCUGGAACGACCCAAGGGAUUGGUCCCUGGACAUCCAGGUGAUCCACGAUCUGCUCAUCUCGCAUCGCGGCUAUCUAGGCACGAUAUCCGACAAGAACGGCGACGCAUCACUCCCCAACAACGGAUGGCAGCAAGACGGCCAGCCACAGCUCUGGUUCUCCAACCUCGACCUGCUGUGGAAGACGGAAUUCCCCGUCAACAGAUUCGGCACCGGCGCCUUUGUCGAGGCGCUCAAGGGAGUGUGGGCCGCAUCGACGGGUGGCGCCGAGCUGCAGUUCAGCGCCUUGGGCAAGCCAUUCCGGCACACUUACCAGUACGCACACGAUAGGCUGCUGAAUCACCACGGCAAGGGCGACAAGAAGCGACCACUGAAGAGAGUGUACAUGAUUGGCGACAAUCCGGAAAGCGACAUCCGCGGCGCCAACGAGUUCGCGCCGGACGACGGCACGGAGUGGAUCUCGAUUUUGGUCAAGACUGGAGUAUGGAAAGAGACGGCGGCGCAGAGAGAGCCGAGGUACAAGCCUGCGGUGAUUGUAGACGAUGUUGUUGAGGCGAUUGCCUGGGCUAUGAGGAACGAGGGAGCGGAGGUGACGAGGGACUGGUUGGCUGCUAGCGAGGACUGGGUCUGAUGGGUGCUCGCUUCCUCGCUUUUUCUUUCCCUUGUUAUAUAAGUACAGUACUACUCCGUACUACCAUUACUGUUUGUUAUGUCUAAUUAGAGCCGUUAGAGCUGCUAGAGCUAGGUAUUAGAGCCAAUAGAACGAAAUAGGACCGGCGGACUGGCGUGGGAAAAAGUGCGCACGCGAGCAAC